AUGGCUAUGCUGCAUCCCCGCCGGAGGAGAGAUGCGCUGGUCUGGCUGCUGCCUGGACUGCUCGGAGUGUGCAUGGAAUUUGGACCCAGUAAAGCUGAGGAGGAAGAUUAUGAGGAUGUUCCCAUAAAUAAAACUUGGGUUUUGUCCCCAAAGGUUUAUGACAGUGACGUCACCCUCAUCCUGAAUAAAUUACUGCAGGGCUAUGACAACAAACUGCGACCAGAUAUUGGAGUAAGACCCACUGUCAUUGAGACAGCCGUGUACGUGAACAGCAUAGGCCCAGUGGAUCCCAUCAACAUGGAGUAUACCAUCGACAUUUUUUUCGCUCAGACAUGGUAUGACAGCCGGCUCAAAUUUAACAGCACCAUGAAGCUCCUAAUGCUAAACAGCAACAUGGUGGGAAAGAUCUGGAUCCCUGAUACGUUUUUCCGCAACUCCCGCAAAUCUGAUGCCCACUGGAUCACUACACCCAACCGGCUUCUGCGCCUUUGGAGCAAUGGACGUGUAAUGUACACUCUAAGGUUGACUAUUAAUGCGGAAUGCUACCUUAAGCUGCAUAACUUUCCUAUGGAUGAACAUUCGUGUCCGCUGGAGUUUUCAAGCUAUGGGUAUCCAAAAAAUGAGAUCCAGUAUAGAUGGCAGCGUCGCGCUGUUGAGGUAGCUGAUCAACGGUACUGGAGACUUUACCAGUUUGCCUUUGUUGGCCUGCGCAACACGUCUGAUGUGGCACAUACUCAGUCUGGGGAGUAUGUGAUUAUGACGAUCUUCUUUGAUCUGAGCCGGAGAAUGGGCUACUUCACCAUCCAGACCUACAUCCCCUGCAGCAUGAUUGUAGUGUUGUCCUGGGUUUCCUUCUGGAUCAACAAAGAUGCUGUGCCUGCCCGAACAUCUUUAGGUAUCACAACUGUCCUUACUAUGACAACCCUAAGCACCAUAUCCAGGAAGUCAUUGCCGAAGGUGUCUUAUGUGACAGCUAUGGACUUGUUUGUAUCUGUUUGCUUCAUCUUCACCUUUGCUGCACUUAUGGAGUAUGGAACACUGCACUACUUCACCGGAAACCGUCAGAACAAGAAAACCAAGUCGAGCAGUGCACCGAAAUCAAGCAUGACGAACAUCAGACCAGGGACAUCUUUGCUCCAGAUGAACAACAUUGCGCCCUAUCAUGAUGAUGAUGAUUACACAUAUGAGUGUCUGGAUGGGAAAGACUGCACAAGUUUUUUCUGCUGUUUUGAUGACUGCCGCUCAGGGGCAUGGCGUGAAAACAGGAUGCAUGUCCAUGUAUCCAAAAUUGACUCCUACUCUCGAAUAUUCUUCCCAACUGCUUUUGGCCUCUUCAACCUUGUGUACUGGAUUGGGUAUCUCUAUCUCAUAUAAACAUAUGGUGAGAUACGGUCUGAGUGAGGCUUGGACUCAUUUGAAAUAUUUGAAAAUCAUUUGUAAAUUCCCCAUCCUCUCAGUACUGUGGGUGGAUAAGGGCAGA